CUUUCUCUCUUCCCUCGUCCUUCUUUCUCUCCGCUUCACUCGUUUCUUUGGCUUCCUGUGUGUUGUCUCUCACUCAGGACUGUUCCCCUAUCCACGUCCUGUCGGAACAACACCUGCCUACCUGCCUACCUACCUGCCCUACCUACUCACCCGUGGAGACCGAAACGCCGCUCUCCACUAUUUUCCUCCCCCCUCCUCCUCUCCUCUGAACUCCUACUUGUCGGGGAAUUCGGGCAACUCCUGAGCCACCGCUCCUUUAGUUUCUUCCCCUCCCCCCCUCCCCCUUGGAGUUUCAUCUUUCCCUUCUUUUAUAUUCGAGAACUUCACCACUCUUCCUUAUCCCCCGUCCAACCACCGUUUGGUACUCGGGAGGAGCCUCAACAUGGACCCUAACAACAAUCGCCUCCACCUGAAUUUCGGGUACAACGACCGUGGCUUCAAUGCGGCCGCCAACAACCGCGCGUAUCCCACCACCCCCUCCGCGUUCCCUCAGCCGAUCUAUCAGAACCAGGGUCCUCAGGAGUACGUCGAUCCUCAAAAUGGAGCGUACGGUCAGGGCUAUUUCAUGGCCAACCCCUAUCCUGCGCAGCCCCAAUACGCUCAGCAGCAGCACUAUGGCCAGCCCAACCUGCAGUCCCCUCAACCCGCCUAUCAAUCCCGGAUGGGCUACAACCCCAACGACGGGCCCAAUGGCCUGAUCCAGCAAUUCUCCAACCAGGACCUGAACGCCGGCCGCACUGGAUUCUUCGGUCGUUCGGGCUCCCCCGCGCAGAGACCCCGUACCGCUGGCUCCCCGGCCCCUGGGCAGCAACAACCGGGCCAUCUGGCCCCGCCGAUGCCUCGCAGCCCUCGCGCCCCUGCUGAGAACGAAGAGCUGCAGCGCUACCCCGAACGGUACUCCGAGAAUAUUCACAAGCGGGGCAAGGCGGCUAAGGAGCUGGUGAACGUUUUCUUCCACGAGAACAUCGAGCGAGCGCGCGAUCGUAAUAUGCGAUCUGCAGAGCUCGACAGGAUGAUCCGCGAACCUGGUAUUCCCAAUGAGUCGAAGCACCAGGAGGCGGAGGUCGUUUCGAAGAAGGAGUCCAACUUUUUGCGAUUCCUCCGAACUCGCGAAACCCCUUCAAACUUCCAGACUAUCAAGGUUAUUGGCAAGGGUGCCUUUGGUGAGGUUAAGCUGGUGCAAAGGAAGACCGACGGCAAGAUCUACGCUCUCAAAUCCCUGAUCAAGACGGAGAUGUUCAAGAAGGACCAACUGGCCCACGUUCGUGCGGAACGUGAUAUUCUGGCCGAUUCCAAGGAUAACCCUUGGCUCGUCAAGCUGCAUGCCUCGUUCCAGGACACCGCUUACCUUUAUCUGCUGAUGGAGUUCUUGCCGGGUGGUGAUUUGAUGACGAUGCUGAUCAAGUAUGAGAUCUUCUCCGAGGAUAUCACGAGAUUCUACAUGGCGGAGAUUGUCAUGGCCAUCGAGGCCGUUCACAAACUCGGCUUCCUUCACCGAGACAUCAAACCCGACAACAUCCUCCUGGACCGUGGUGGUCAUGUGAAGCUUACCGAUUUCGGUCUCUCGACGGGAGGCAAGAAGACGCAUGACAACUCGUACUAUCAAAACCUCCUCAAGAACUCCACCUCGAAGGACAAGAACCGUAACUCCGGUUAUUUCAAUGACGCGAUCAACUUGACGGUAUCGAACCGUGGUCAGAUCAAUACCUGGAGAAAGUCCCGCCGCGCCAUGGCCUAUUCGACUGUUGGCACGCCCGACUACAUUGCACCCGAGAUCUUCAACGGCCAGGGAUAUACCUACCUCUGCGAUUGGUGGUCGGUUGGUGCUAUCAUGUUUGAAUGCUUGGUUGGCUGGCCUCCAUUCUGUGCCGAAGACACGACCGAUACCUACCGGAAGAUCGUGAACUGGAGGGAGUGCCUGUACUUCCCGGAGGAGCUCACUCUUUCGCGUGAAUCCGAGGGGUUGAUCCGAAGUUUCUUGUGUGAUACCGAACACCGUAUUGGAAGCGAUGGUGGCCAAUACGGAGGUGCUUCCCACAUCAAGAGCCACCCAUUCUUCCGUGGCGUCGUUUGGGAACAGCUUCGCAACAUCCGCGCGCCGUUUGAGCCGAAGCUCAGCUCGAACAUCGAUGUGUCCUACUUCCCCAUUGACGAAAUUCCCCAGGAGGACACCAGUGCUAUCCACCGCGCCCAGGCUCGUGCCAUGCCUGAUGACCAGGAGGCUGAGAUGAGCCUUCCGUUCAUCGGAUACACAUACAAGGCAUUCAACGCAUUCCAAGGAAACUAAGCAUUAGAGUCGAUUAUCCGAGUUGAACAUUGUACAAUGAACAUCUUUGGGAAGUCUGAAAGCGGGCAGGCUUGCGUCGAUGUCUUUCCAGUGAUUCAUCGAUGAUUUAAUCUCGGCAUACCCCUGUUGGUUUGUUUGAUCAAGCAUAUAGCGCAUUUGUCAUCACUGUGUUAUUGAUAAUGACCUGAGCAUCUUCUUCUAUUUAUUCCCCUUGCAUGUCGCGAGACGACGCCUGCUAUUUACAAACAAUAUCUGGCAUCAAAAACUACAUACAGUGCAUUGUUGAUCUACAGUCUACAGUUUAUGUGCUACAUCCACAAAUGCAGAUUAUGAUUUGACUCGCACCUGGGCUUCUUGGCUAGGGCGAUAGUAUGGUGCAUUUGCGAGUGGCUCUAUUUCUUAGUAUGAAAAUUUCCCCUUUGAAUCUGUUUGUGCGGAAUGGAACGACGGAGUUUAUCAUAUACCAUAAGUUGAAAGUCAGAAUGGCGAUCUAAU